GCCCCGAUUGGUCGGUUUGGCGGUCACGUGGUAUGGUAAUUGGGCUCCGGUGGGCGGGAAGGAGCGAACGAGGUCGUGGAGGAUCGCGAAAGUGGCGGAAGGAGAAGAGAGAACAAGCAGCUGUCCACCGGGAGACCUGUGCUCGUCGUGGCCCCGCUCUUCCUAUUUCUUUUCUCUUUUUCUCCCUCUCCUUCUUUCUCUUUUUUCCUCCUUUCGAGAAAACGUCACCCCUUUUCGCGAGAGAGGCGAGGUGCGGACGAUGGACCACGGUGUGCAGUGCUGUGCAGUGUGAGCUCUUAUGAGAAUAGAUACUAACGCGAAAUGGGUGCACCGGGACGAAGAAUUGAUAAAUAAAGGGUAACGUGUGACGGAGAGGAAGGCGGAAGUGAAGUGUGCGCGCGAUCGUCUGCGAUUCGUUCUUUUUCUUUCUUUCCCUUAUACGGACACACCGUGUGCGUGUGUGUACGUGCGUGCGUGUGUGUGUGUAUGUGCGCGCGCGUGUGUGUGCUAUUCGCACACUCACAAACAUGAGUUCUUUCUUGAUGAAUCCAUCCGCUGCCGGUGGAUAUCAUCACCACCAGCAUCAACAGCAGACCGGGAAUCACCACUUGACCGCCACGUCUGUCAUGGUCGAUCCGAAAUUCCCUCCCAGCGAGGAGUACAGCCAGAGCAACUACAUACCGUCGAGCGGGCCGGAUUUCUUCGCCGGUGGCAACGGCGGUCAUCACUUGAGCCAUCCGCAGUCCCACCAGCUGCAGUACGGCUAUCAUCAGCAUCACCAUCAGGCGGCGUCGACUCCUUACGGCGCUUCCUCCGCGGUGCAAUUAAACGGCGGGUACACAGGAUACGGUGGAUAUUACGGGCCUCACCAUCCUCAUCACCAAGUGCACGCGGUCCAUCAUGCCAGUCUACAUCCUCAUCAUCACGCGGUGGGUGCCCUCGCGAUGCCGCCGGAAGCCCAGCAACCGCCGCUCACGUGUCCGUCGUCGAUACAAAGCCAGCAGCAGCAACAACAACCACCCGUGCCGACGUCGACCGUCGUCGGCUCCACUCCUUUGUCGCCGUCUAUAAUGCAGAAUCACGUGCAACCGGACGCCCUUCAGCAUCAUCAGCAACAACACGAGAACAAUGCUUGCAGUCCGACUGGCUCGGGUCAGUUGCAUCGAGAUAAUUCGCCCGAUCUCCAGACGCAACAGUCCUCGUCCCAGCAAUCUCAGCACAUACAAACCGGCCAGCAGCAAACCCCGCAGCAACAGCAUCAUGCGGAAGAUGCUUUGGAUGCGGAUGAUAUGGAAGACGACCAAAUGAUGGACGGUUCGCCGGGGAUGAUGGAGGAGGAGGAGGAGGACGAGGAGAGCGGAGAUCGCAUGAUCUUCCCGUGGAUGAAGAAGAUUCACGUAGCAGGCGCUGCGAAUGGCUCGUACCAGCCUGGAAUGGAACCAAAGCGGCAGAGGACCGCCUACACCAGGCAUCAAAUACUCGAACUGGAAAAGGAAUUUCAUUAUAAUAGAUACCUGACGAGACGGCGACGGAUCGAGAUAGCCCAUACCCUCGUCCUAACCGAGCGACAGAUAAAAAUUUGGUUUCAAAACCGUCGUAUGAAGUGGAAGAAGGACCACAAACUGCCGAAUACGAAGAACGUGCGCAGAAAGAACGCGAACGGCCAAGCGCCGCCAGCGGCAUCGAAGCCCGCGAAGACUUCGGCGACGCGAGCGAAGUCGGGCACGGGUAACAACAACAGCCAAAGAAAAAACAACAAUUCGCCUUCCAGCGGUAUGGAGAAUAGCCUGGACUCUAAUAUCGGUCUCGAUAUGGGCGAAGUUCACGGGGUCAGCUCCAGUCUUCCUCAUCCCAGCGUAGUUCAUCCUGGCUUUCAAGGUCACCCUCAUCCUCUGGCUCAUCUCCAAGCGCAGCUGAGUCAUCAUCACGUGGGUGGAAUGAUGGACGGUCCGACGGGAGGACCGUUGGGACACAUAGGUUCCGGAAGUAUCAGUCCUCUUGCUCCGGCUACCAGUCCUUCCGGAUUGUCGCAAGUAUCAGCUCCUGUACCACCAUCGGCGAUAAAAUCCGAUUACGGACUCACAGCCCUGUAACAUCUAUUUUGAUAGAUAAAUACUUACUCAGCGAUGUAACCCCUCGAUGUUCAAUUGACGAUCUUUUUAUCGCGAAUAAUUCUUCGUUGCUUUUCUCGCUCGGUUGGAUAUUUAUUGCAAGUUGUACGAACGAAGUUUGAAUUUUCCUCGCAUCAAGUCCACCAGAGUGUAGGGGAAAAUACUAAUAAAUUACUGAUACUAAUUCGCAUGCAAAGACGAUAAGUAUUAGAACGAAUAUCGGACUUCGAUAUAAAAUGAAGAUCCGUGCGAAACUGCAACUUCAACGAGACUAUUUUUUAAAUUUACGAUAGGUCGAAGUGCUAAUUUCGUCGCAUUGUAGAAACUAUAUUUGAGGAACUGAUUACAUGAGGGAAGGCAGUUUUAUAGCAGAGAUGCAGAUAACAAUUUCUAUGUGGAAAAUAGUAUUAGAUAUUAAAUCUGGCCGAUUAACAAUAAAUUUGUUUAUAAGGACAGUGACAGUUUGAUAAUCGAAAUAUUUAUCUUUCAAUUUGAUUGAACAAGUUCGAUUCGAAAAUCUUAAAUUUGCGACUGUGGGUCACUUGAUAAACGUCGAAAAAAAUUAAUGGAAGCUAUGCCAUUGUUGCAAUAUUUAUCGUAAUAUUGUAAAAUCAUUAUAAUUCUCAAAUUAUUAUGAUUUCAAUGCCAUUAGCAAUCGUAAGGUCUAACCAAAGAUUUCUGAUGUUGCGCAUUUCAUUUUGCAAAUGCUAAUUAAUUCUACAAUAACAGGUAUUAUUAAAAAGUACGAUGUAAUGAAAGAAAAUACGAUGCGUACACGUCAAUAAGCAUUCGACAAAUUGAAUUAUGUAAUUUGACGUAAUUUUUUCUUUGAAUUUCAAGAAUAGAAUUCAAAAAAUAAAUAGCGAAUAAAAUUACGGGUCAUGUUAAUAACAAUACUUAUGCGCGCAAACGAAAUCGUGAGGUCGGAUGUGAAACAGAGGACUCGUCAAGUAACAUAGUCUUCUUAUAGAUUGUUAAUUGAUGAAUUGUACUCGUAAACGAAUUUAAUGCUUUCCUUACAUCUCUCAGCAACAGUAUAUUUCUUGUCAAAACCUUGUGAUUUCAAAACGUGAAUAGUCAUCCGUUCAUUAUCCACAUAAAGAUACUAAUAUCCGAAGAGGAAUUAGUAUUUUAUGAAGAUGGAAAUGUAAAUAUAACUCAAUUUUGUGUAUAUAUAUAUUAGUGUAAAGAAAAUUUUAUUGCAACACGAUUGACAUAGUGUUUAUAUUUCGUAUAUUACUGUCUAAGUGUUGGUAUUAACGUUUUACAUCAUAGGUAAAAACAAGAACUGUGUUUGCGAUGAAGAUUUUGGUCAUGUGGUACGAUUGCAAAAUGUUUAUAAUUAUAAUAGUAUAAUUAUAAUAAUUUUAAUAAGUCUUAUGACAUGUGUGUUCUUAUCCUAAGAACGAGGAACUGUCGUCCGUUCGCAGUAGUUCGAUUAUUAAUUUUGAAAUCAAACAUCCUCAACAUCUCUUUGAACACCUAAAGGAAAUGCAAAUUAAUUAAAAAGAUUAUCCUCGAUUCUAUCUUUCUGUAACGCACGUUGUAAAUAAUUCGAAAUGAUAGUAUAUAUUUUUACCGGGAAGAGAAGUGAGGAAUGACCAAUAAUAAUUAGGACACAAUUGCACCGUGAUUAAUUCGGAAAUCGUACUAUUAAGCAAGUAGUAAUCAAAUAAUUAAUGCACAGAAUCGCUGUGACGAUAUACCAAAACAAUACUACUAAAUAUAAGAAGCAAAGUUAAACUUUGAGGUACGUUAAUACCUUAAGGUACCGAGUUAGUGUAAUUAGCAGAGCGUAAAAAAUAAGUGUAUGAGUUACAAAAAUGUUUUCUGUAAGUGUGACAUAUAUUAUAUCCUUUGCUAUAAUUAUUAAUUGUAUAUAGCAUGUACGAUAAGUACCUAAUUGGGCACACUCCGAUGCUUAUGUUUAUAUCGCUCGUAAAGAUUGAUGAAAUACACAAUCGUGAAGUAAAUAAACGAAUAAAUAAAUGUUUCGUAAUUUACAAAAAAGAACGUCGUGUCUCCAAAUCAUGUUCUCACAUACACCUGAAUUCACUACCAUCCACCAUAUUUUCAUAUUGUCGCAAUACUUUUCUCUAAGUUGGGUAACUUUCUGUGCUUCAGUAUCUUUUCUUUCUAACCAUACCUUCGCACUAUUUAUUAUUCUGUCAGCAAACGUCGCUAAUCAGCCAAGGCUAGCGCAAUUUGUUAUUUAAAGUUGACACUAU